AUGUCGUUGAAACAAGAAAUAGAGUCGUGGGUGUCGGCCCUGGCCCGAUACGACAACAAUGAGUUCGACGAGGCCCUCAAGGACUUCGAAAAGAUCUCGGACACCUCAAAAAUUCUCUUCAACAUGGGUGUCAUUCACGCCACUCUAGGAGAACACGAGAAGGCUGUUGAAUGUUACCAACGAGCAAUCAGAUUAGACCAGUAUCUCGCUGUCGCCUACUUCCAACAAGGCGUAUCGAAUUUCCUGCUUGGUGACUUCGAAGAGGCACUGGCCAACUUCAACGACACCCUCCUCUACCUGAGAGGCAACACCAUGAUUGACUACGCCCAAUUGGGCCUGCUUUUCAAGCUUUACUCAUGCGAGGUUCUCUUCAACCGAGGACUGUGCUACAUUUAUUUGCAACAAAAGGAUGCAGGUCUACAAGAUCUGUCCUACGCCGUGAAGGAGAAGGUCGUCGAGGAUCACAACGUAAUUGAUGAGGCGAUCCGUGAAGAGGCCGAGGGCUACACCGUCUUCUCGAUUCCUGUCGGCGUCGUUUACCGACCAAAUGAGGCCAAGGUUCGCAACCUCAAGACUAAGGACUACCUCGGAAAGGCACGGCUGGUCGCCGCCUCCGAUCGAGCAAACGCCUUCACUGGUUUCGCUGGAUCUGAGAUCAAGAAUGUAGGCAGAUCGGUUCCCACAACCAUCAGCUUCUAUGGGAAUCAAUUUGCUAAUCAGAGACUUCUUGGUUUACAGGCUGGCAAGAAUGACAACAAAGACGACAGGCCCGCUGAUAACAUCUCCUUCGCUGCUACCAACCUGGUCAAGCCCGGUCUGGCAUCAAGAAGACAACAGUCCGAACCGCCCAACGGUCGCGGCGUCUUCCCGCCUACACCUCCUCCCGACCAAGUCGAGGCCAACGGUGGUGCUGGCGGUAUGACGCGCGGACAAUCCGUUCGCAACGGACCGAAGCCAAUGCUCGCGAAGCUCAACAUCGACAAUGCCAGAGGAAACGACCGGUACCAGAAGACGAGCAGCCCGAACGACCGUCGGGCAGCGCCGCCCAGCAUGAGAUCCGAGUCUCGAUCGGCUACCCCAAGCCGAGGCUACUCCAGACGCGAUAUGCAGAUGCGUGGCCGUCAGGACGAGGAUGCCGAAGAUGCGUACCCCGACGAGCUUUACGACAUGUACCAAGGUGGCGGCCCCGGCAGCUCUAGAACUAGUCGCCAGACCUCCCGUCGUGUGCCCCAGCGGUACAUGGAGGAUGAGGAGGACGGCUCCGACUACGGGUCCUUUGAUGAGGGUGACUUUGAGAUGGUUUCCAACAGACGCCCUGGUACCAACUCAAUGUCGUCUCGUGGCGGCUCAAGGAGGCCAGAGAUUCGCAAGAUUCGCGUCAAGGUGCACGCCGAGGACGUGAGAUACAUCAUGGUUGGUGCGGCGGUCGAGUUCCCCGACUUCAUCGACCGCAUCCGUGAGAAGUUUGGCCUCCGCAGGCGGUUCAAGAUUAAGAUCCGCGACGAGGACAUGCCCAACGGUGACAUGAUCACCAUGGGCGACCAAGAUGACCUCGACAUGGCGAUCAUGACUGCGAAGAGCCAAGCGAGGAAAGCAAGGCAGGAUAUCGGCAAGAUGGAGAUCUGGGUUCAGGAAAUUUAG